UUUUAAUUCUCAUCCAACCUCUACAUUCUCUCUCCUUUUUCUUUUUUUUUUUUUUUGCUCUUUCUUUCUCCAUUGUUCUUCUGAUUUAUAUUCACCCCUCUACUCUCUUCUCACAGUAAGCCUUAUAAUUUUCUCUACAUCUAACCCCAAUGCAUGCAAGUGAGCACAACAAUCGACAGUCACCGAAACAUCUCACCUCACUAUUCAUCAAGGGUUGGAAUCGGAGUGUGUUUGAGUUGGUUGAUGAAGCAGGCUGACUUUUUGGUGGCGAUAGAUGGAGGCAGCUGCGAUUGGUGGUGUAUUGUUCAGUUUCUCAUAAUUGAUUUUUGGAACACACCAAUUAUUCAUGUGUGGUCUCCUCCUUCUGCUCGGGUGUACAAAAUCAACUCGGACGCUGCUUGUUUCAAUGACAAAUCCACAAGUCUUGGGGGAGUUAUGAGAGAUCAAACAGGUGACAUCAUGGCUGCAACUUGCUGGUUGGUUCAGGGAUGCUUUGACAUUGAUAUUGCUGAAGCUUUGGCCGCUACACAUGCGCUUCUCAUUGCUAUGGAGGCUGGGCUAAAACGUGUUAUUUUGGAAGUAGAUAAUCUCAAGCUGUUCAAACAUCUUUCAAAAGGUUCUUAUGAUUCUUCAUGCUUUGGUCUGGUGGUUAAAGACAUUGUUUAUUUAGCUUGUUUAUGCCUGUCUUGUAGUUUCUCUCAUGUGGGUAGGAAUGGAAAUAGAGUGGCCCAUAUUUUGGCUAAUUGUGGUAGAGCGUUUGAUGAGAUGAGGCUAAUUGUGAAUUUUUUUUUUUCCUUUCUUCGUUUUGAAUCAUUAUUCGUUCAAUUCCCUGUCAAAUCAACAAGGAAGAUUGUGAUACCAAUUCCCUUAAACUAGUCCGUUCUUUGUCAAAUCAAUUGGGAAGAUUUUGAUACCGAUUCCCGUAAAUCUAGUCCGGGGAAUUACCAGGUUUCUUAGAACUAAUUUGGCGACCUCGAAUCACUGUAAGCUUGUUCAUGGUUUUGAUUUUAAAAUUGUGGGUAUAUUUUUUUUCUUGAUUUGAAUUGGAAGAAUUAUCCCAUUUGCAAAUAAUUUAUCGACU